AUGUUUGUGAAUGGUAUCAAAAUAAAGACCAAACAGCUGAUUGAUACUGCAGCCGGUGGUUCCACAAAUUUUUCAAUAGCCACCGGUAUCAAGAAGAUCAUUGAAGCAAUUGCUACUAAUGAACACAUGGAGUUGUACGAUAGGUGUCAAAGCAAACCAGAAGGGGUUAUGGAUUUAAAGCUGGAAACUAAUAAAAUCCGUAUUGAAGAUACUAUAGCUGCCGAAGUUGAUAAGAAGCUGAAGACGAUGAAUAUAGAGUUGUUCAAGAAGCUGGAUAUUAACAUUGCUUUGUUGGAGGCACUAGAAAAAAUGCCUACGUAUGCCAAGUUCAUGAAGGAUAUCAUUUCGAAGAGGCAUACCACCGGAACUAACCCGAUUAUUCUAACCGAAACUUGUAGUGCUAUUUUGCAGGGUAUGAAGAUUUCAAUAAAGAAGAAGGAUCGAGGAGCUGUCACUAUCCCGUGUACUAUUGGAGAUAAGUCGUUCAACAAAGCUCUUAUUUAUCUGGGAGCUAGUGUGAGUCUCAUGCCGUUAUCCAUUUACAAGAAGCUUGGUAUAUGGUUUAUGCAAGAUACCUGGAUGACACUCCAAUUCUCCGAUCAUUCGGUCAAGAAACCGUAUGGCAUUGUCGAAGAUGUUCUGGUGAAAAUUGAUAAGUUUGUAUUUCUGGUGGAUUUUGUAAUUCUUAAAAUUCCGGAAGAUGAAGAGAUCCCUCUCAUUCUGGGGAGACCCUUUUUGGAGACGGGACGAUGCUUGAUAAACAUAGAAGAAGGAACAAUGAUGUUGAAGGUUUAUGAUGAGGAAUUGAAAAUCGAUGUUCGAAACACCAUGAGGUACAAGGAUGAUAUUUGUACUAGUCAUACUAUAGAGGUUCUGGAUCAGGUGAUGACAUAUGAUAACCCUUUGCAUACACCCCAGUCACCUUUGGAAAGAGUGUUGAGUUUAUCCAUUUUUGAUGCGGAUAAAGAAGUGGACAACAGGGAAUCUGAAAUGCUAGCCUUGUUGGACACACAACCCCCAUGGAAAGGAUAUCGACCACGCCGAUGGGAGGAUUUAUGCCUACCUCAAUCUAGUGAGGAGAAUGAAGAACGAAAGAAGGAAACGGAGUUGAAACAACUUCUUGACAACCUCAAAUAUGUCUUUCUCGAACCUGAAGGAAAAUGUCCUGCUAUCAUAAACUCGAGCCUUCAGAUUAUUCAAGAAGAAAAGCCCAUCCAUGUCUUGAAAAAAUGGCGUGUUUGCAUUGACUACAGAAGGUUGAACACAACAACUAGGAAGGACGAUUUCCCUUUACCUUUUAUUGACCAGAUGUUGGAGAUGUUAGCCAGGCAUGAUUACUACUAUUUUCUAUAUGGAUACUCCAGGUGCCAGAAAACGAAUUUAAUUUUGAACUGGGAGAAAUGUCACUUCAUGGUGCGUAAGGGGAUAGUGUUGGGUCACCAAAUUUCCUACAAGGGAAUUGAAGUUGACCAAGCAAAAGUGGAAGUGAUAUCUAAACUCCCACCCCCUAUUAAUGAGAAGGGUAUCAGGAGUUUCUUAGGACACGCGGGCUUUUACCGCAGGUUCAUAAGAGAUUUUUCAAAAAUUGCAAAACCGCUGACCACUCUAUUGGUUAAAGAUAAGGCGUUUCUAUUCAACAAAGAAUGUGCCAUGGACUUUGAGACAUUGAAGAUCAAACUGAUUUCAGCACCCAUUGCUAUUGCCCCCGAGUGGUCUCUUCCGUUUGAGAUCAUGUGUGAUGCUAGUGAUAUUGCUGUAGGGGAAGUCUUAGGACAGCAAAGAGAGAAGUUAUUACAUGUCAUUUACUAUGCUAGUCAUGUGUUGAACCCAGAACAAAUGAACUACGCAACCACUGAAAAAGAGUUGUUCGUCGUGGUUUACGCUUUUGACAAGUUCAGGCAAUAUUUGUUAGGAUCGAAGGUUGUAGUGUAUACGGACCAUGCCGCUUAG